AUGAGCUUCGAGGAGGCCCUCCAACUCGCUGCCCAGGAUAAGCAGACAGCUCAGCACAUAACGGCACAUACCCCUGAGGGGAGUAUUGCGAGCGGAUCAUCCAUAUCUAUACUGAGCACGCCUCCGAACGCGACAGAGUCUGAGCCACACAGUAGUGAUGAUCUGGACGAGCAGGACGAAGAGAACACCGACCAGAAUGAUGAUGGCAGACAAGGUGGCAUCACGGACGGCAUCUCCUGUUUAAACCCACGGAUCCGUGUCGAGUGGCGCAACCUCGCCGACGAGGACAAGCGCUCGUACGUGCGGGCAGUGCGGUGCCUGAUGGACAAGCCGGCCAAGUCGAACCAGAUCCCACCUUCUGCGGGGAACAGCGUGUACGUGCAGCUGGCGUGGGUGCACGUGGUCAUGGCACCUGUCGCGCACGGCACCGACCUGUUCCUGCCGUGGCACCGGUACUACAUGCUGGUGUUUGAGCAGCUGCUGCGGGACGAGUGCGGAUAUCGAGGGCCGCUGCCGUGGUGGGAUGAGACGCGGGAUAUGGGCAACUUUGCCGGCUCGGGCUUGUUUACGGACGAGUACUUUGGCGAGCUGCCAGAGAUCAAAGAUGGAGGAGUAGAGCCGUGUAUCACGACUGGGGUAUUUGCCAACACGACAAUAGACAUUGGCAGCCGCACCCAAAGCAACACCUCCAACAGCAGCAGCACAGCAAGCGAGUGCGUGACGCGAGGGGAGCACCGGGAGCUGACGGGCCAAGUGCACUGGGGCUGGGUCGAGCUGUGCGAGGGCAUGACGCAGUACACCAACAUGCGCGAGUGCGUGGAGCAGGGCCUGCACGCGUAUGGGCACAACGGACUGGGCCGUGUCAUGUCCCAGCCGGCGACGUCGGUGCGGGACGCCGUCUUCUUUGUCCAUCAUAGCAUGGUGGACUGGCAGUGGAAGCGGUGGCACGACGGCGACCGCGAGGGACGGACGACGUUGGCAACGACGACGGCGAUGUCGAUGGACGGAGGAGCAGCAGCAGCACGGGGAGGGUCAGAGACGGUGCUGUCGUCGCGGGGCUUGUACCCGGACCUGACGGUGGCCGACGUGCUCGACACGGAAAACUACCGCAUCUGCUACCGGCACGACUACUCGUGA